AUGUUUGCAUUAACAUUUUUAACAAUUGUGCAUCGUAUAAAAAAUAAGGCUUACAUUAGUUCUGAGGACGCAGCUUUUAAUAAAGGCGUAGUCAAAACAGACGAAAGAGUUGAACGUGUCAGAAGAGCUUACAGCAAUGACUUGGAAAACAUCCCUCUAUUCUUCAUAGCUGCUCUGUCAUAUCUCUUCAUCAACCCACAUCCAGCGGUCGUCAAUACCUUGUUUAUUGUUUAUUUGGUUGCUAGGACGGCUCAUUCUUUUGUUUAUGCAGUGUACGUGGUUCCCCAGCCAGCUAGAGCCAUAUCAUGGUUUACCGGCUUUGGAAUUACGGGCUAUAUGGCAAUACAUUCUAUCGUGUAUGCCGUUACAGUAAUUUAG